GCCUCCUCCCCGCCGCAUACCUUGCCCACAGCCGAGCAGCUGGGAGGCUAUUUAUAAAGGCGGGUGAGAUCAGCGGCCGAGGCUAUAAAUGCGCGGGCCGCAGCCGGGCCCCACAGGAGCAGCCGCCUGGGGCGCGGGAGCUGCGGGCCGCGCGGCCGGGAUGAGCGCCAGCGCGGGUGGCGGCGGCGGCGGGGACAGCGGCAGCAGCAGCAGCUCGCAGGCCUCCUGCGGGCCCGAGUCCUCGGGCUCCGAACUCGCCCCCGCCGCGCCGGCGCCGCGGAUGCUGCAGGGGCUGCUGGGCUCCGAUGACGAGGAGCAGGAGGACCCCAAGGACUACUGCAAGGGCGGCUACUACCCCGUGAAGAUCGGCGACCUGUUCAAUGGGCGGUACCACGUGGUGCGCAAGCUGGGCUGGGGCCACUUCUCCACCGUCUGGCUCUGCUGGGACAUCCAGCCUUGGUGUUGCAGGCGCAAGCGCUUCGUGGCCCUGAAAGUGGUGAAGAGCGCGGGGCAUUACACGGAGACCGCCGUGGAUGAGAUCAAGCUCCUGAAAUGUGUCCGAGACAGUGACCCCAGUGACCCCAAGAGAGAGACCAUUGUCCAGCUCAUCGACGACUUCAGGAUCUCAGGGGUGAAUGGAGUCCAUGUGUGCAUGGUGCUGGAGGUCCUGGGCCACCAGCUCCUCAAGUGGAUCAUCAAGUCCAACUACCAGGGCCUGCCCGUGCCCUGCGUGAAGAGCAUCGUGAGGCAGGUGCUGGACGGCCUGGACUACCUCCACACCAAGUGCAAGAUCAUCCACACAGACAUCAAGCCCGAGAACAUCCUGCUGUGUGUGGGUGACGCCUACAUCAGGCGCCUGGCCACCGAGGCCACAGAGUGGCAGCAGUCAGGGGCACCACCCCCAUCCCGCUCCACAGUCAGCACUGCCCCCCAGGAGGUCUUGACCGGUAAGCUGUCGAAAAACAAGAGGAAGAAGAUGCGGCGCAAACGGAAGCAACAGAAGCGGCUGCUGGAGGAGCGGCUGCGGGACCUGCAGAGGCUGGAGGCCAUGGAGGCGGCGGCCCAGGCUGAGGACGCUGGCUCGAGGCUAGAGGGGGGCAGCGGCUCCACCUCCUCUUCCGGCUGCCACCCCGGGGGGGCCAGGGCCGGCCCCUCCCCCGCCUCCUCCUCCCCGGCGGCCGCGGGCGAGCGCAGCCUCAGCCCAGGCUCCCAGACCUCAGGCUUCUCGGGCUCCCUCUUCUCUCCGGCCUCAUGCUCCAUCCUCUCAGGCUCCUCCAACCAGCGGGAGACCGGGGGCCUCCUAUCCCCCAGCACACCGUUUGGUGCCUCGAACCUCCUGGUGAACCCCCUGGAGCCCCAAAAUGCAGACAAGAUCAAGAUCAAGAUCGCAGACCUGGGCAACGCCUGCUGGGUGCACAAGCACUUCACCGAGGACAUCCAGACUCGCCAGUACCGGGCCGUGGAAGUGCUGAUUGGAGCGGAGUACGGGCCCCCGGCCGACAUCUGGAGCACAGCGUGCAUGGUAUGCCCCAGCUGCUCCAGCCUCGGGCCGGCCCGCUGGCUGGCAGCCUCACCCUCUCCCCCCUUCCAGGCCUUCGAGCUGGCCACCGGCGACUACCUAUUCGAGCCUCACUCUGGAGAAGACUACAGUCGCGAUGAGGGUAGGGGAAGGCCGGCCCUGGGCUCAGCCUCGGGGCCUCCCGGAUGCCCAGCCGCCUCCCAGCCUCCUCUCUGUCCACAGACCACAUCGCCCACAUUGUGGAGCUUCUGGGAGACAUCCCCCCAGCCUUCGCCCUCUCAGGCCGCUAUUCCCGAGAGUUCUUCAACCGGAGAGGAGAGCUGCGGCACAUCCACAACCUCAAGCACUGGGGCCUGUACGAGGUGCUCAUGGAGAAGUACGAGUGGCCCCUGGAGCAGGCCACGCAGUUCAGCGCCUUCCUGCUGCCCAUGAUGGAAUACAUCCCGGAAAAGCGGGCCAGCGCGGCCGACUGCCUCCAGCACCCUUGGCUCAACCCCUAGGCCCCACGGGCACUUUGUGCAGCUUGAGGCCAGCCUGGCUCACCCUCAAGCCCCUCCCAGUGCCUUCAGGGAAAGCGGGACGCCUCCUGCCACCCGGCACGAGCUGCCCUCCUCCCCCCUACUGGGUGCCAGCUUCCUCACAGCCCGUGGCAGGGCAGAGAGAUGCUGGAGCCAGGCCCACCGUUUAGAAUUCGUUCUGCCCCCAACCCUCACAACAUGCCCUGAGUGGGAAGUGUGCGUAUUUCUUUUCUUAAUAAAGUGUGAACUGAA